AUCAUGGUGCUAACACAGAAGUUCACUGAAAAUGACACCGUUCAACAAGAUAGCGUUGUCAUCUCUGGAAUGGCUGGCCUCUACCCCCAGUCUCACAAUGUCAAGGAAUUUAAAGACAUUCUCUAUAACAAGGUUAAUCCAAUCAAACCAAAAGAAACCCGUUGGAAGUACAACCACCCGGAAGUAGCGAAUAGUACUGGCAAAGUUCCGGAGUUGGAGUAUUUCGAUGCUCAAUUCUUCAAAAUCCACUAUCGAUUGGGCAACUCAAUGGACUCUAUGUCCAAGAAAAUAUUGGAGCAAGCCUUCGACGCAAUUUACGAUGCAGGUAUUAGUCCAGACCAGCUCUCAGGAACCAAGGUUGGUGUCUACUUGGGAACCUGUUUCUCUGAAACCGAAAAGGCUUGCUUCUAUGUCGCUACUUCUAGAACGGGAUUUGGUAUUGCCGGGUGCAGUAAAAGUAUGUUCGCCAACCGUAUUUCCUACUGGUUGAACGCGAAGGGGCCCUCCAUGUCAGUGGACCAGGCCUGCUGCAGCUCUACUGUGGCUCUGGAGUUGGCGUACCAGGCACUUAUUAGAGGUGAAGUGGAUUCAGCCAUCGUUGGAGGCUCCAACAUCUGCUUACAUCCCCAAUCAACUGUUCAUUAUGGAAGAAUCAUGCCAAUAAGUAAAGAUGGUGUAACGAAAUCGUUCGACAAAAACGCCCAUGGUUGUGCCAAGUCAGAGGCUAUCAAUGUUUUGUUUCUACAAAGAGCAAAGGAUGCACUAAGAAUUUACGCUGAAGUGGUACAUAUCAAGUCCGAAUUCUGCGGUCUACCAAAGGAUGAUGAUGGUCCAGUGUUCACCUUUUAUCGGGACCCCUGUAUCAUGGCAGAUUUCCUUAAAACCUUCUAUGAAGAAGCAAACGUGCCACCGCAGGCUGUUGAAUAUGUUGAAGCUUUUGGUUCUGCAACGCCAAAAGUGGAUAAAGCUGAAUUGGAAGCUAUCGACAGAGUAUUCUGUGACAACAGAGAGGACACUCUUCUAGUUGGUAGCGUAAUGUCCAACUUGGGUUACGUAGAGGCGGCUUCUGGCAUUUCUUCUGUUACCAAAGUUCUUCUAGGCUACGAAGCUGGUAAAAUAGCAGGUAAUAUAAACUGUGACGAUCCAAUAGAUGAUGUUGAGGGCAUUCGAACUGGAAAAAUGCAGAUUGUAAGAGACCACGAACCAUUUAGACAAGGAUAUACUGCUGUUAACGGGGUUUCUGUAACUGGCGUGAAUGCUCACGUUUUGUUACGAGGGCUUAAUAAAACUAAGGACCUCAACCGUUACAAAUCAAACAUUCCCCACAUUGUUGCAAUAUCAGGAAGGCAGAAAUCUGCUGUAGAAAAGAUCUUCGAAGAUUUGAAAAAACGUCCGAUAGAUCCUGAGGAGAUAGCUCUCUUCCACAACAUUCAUCAAACCAAGAUCAGUGGGCAUUUGGGAAGAGGAUACAUUUUGUUAGAUACAAACCAAGACAAUGAGACGGUUGUCCUAAGUGAGACGGCAGAUUACUUUGAUGAUGUGAAACGUCCUCUGUGGUUCGUCUACAGCGGUAUGGGAUCCCAAUGGGCUGGUAUGGGAGCACAACUCAUGCGCAUACCUGUUUUUGCUGCGGCUAUUGAGAGAUGUCGUCGAGCCCUAGAACCCAAGGGAAUCGAUAUUUUACACAUUAUCACUGCGCCAGACAAGAAAAUCUAUGAUAAUAUUCUGCACUCUUUCGUGGGAAUCGCUGCUGUUCAAAUUGGGCUUACUGAUGUUCUUAAAGAAAUGGGAAUUGUGCCGGACAAAAUUAUUGGUCACAGUGUCGGCGAGUUAGGUUGCGCAUAUGCAGAUGGCUGUCUUACCGCUGAAGAAAUGAUUUUAGCUGCGUAUAGUCGUGGUCUUGUCUCCGUACAGACGCCAUUCAUACGUGGUUCUAUGGCUGCCGUUGGGAUUGGCUAUGAGCAAAUCAUCAAGUUAUGCCCCCCGGAAAUCGAAGUUGCUUGCCACAAUAGUUCAGAGUCCAGUACGAUUUCCGGCCCAGCUGAUGCCAUGAAACAGUUUGUGGAAUCGCUCACUUCAAAGGGAGUUUUUGCUAAAGAAGUUCCUUGUUCCAACAUCGCGUACCACUCAAGAUACAUUGCUGAAGCAGGUCCCGGUCUACUGAAGUACUUAAAAGAAGUAAUUCCAACUCCAAGAGCUCGUACUGAGCGUUGGGUCUCGACAUCCAUACCUCAAGAGCGCUGGGAGGAACCACUUGCAAAAUAUUCUUCUGCUGAAUAUCAUACAAACAAUUUACUCUGCCCAGUUCUGUUCGAGGAGUCUGCUCAGCUGAUACCAAAGAACGCUGUAUUGCUUGAGGUUGCCCCGCACGGUCUCCUGCAGGCUAUACUUAAGAGAUCCUUGUCUAGUUGUGUCAAUAUACCUCUUACACGAAGAGGUCAUCCGGAUAAUGUUACACACAUGCUUGAUGCUAUUGGGAAACUGUACAUGCAAGGGUACUAUCCAAAGGUCCAAGCUCUCUACCCCAAGGUUGAGUUUCCAGUUUCGACAGGAACACCCAUGUUGGGACACUUGAUUGAGUGGGCUCAUACAGAGAAAUGGAAUCUGCCUUUGUAUGUAUCUGCUCAUAGGAAAGCGGCGACAGCUUGCAAGUUUGUCUUAUCUGUACACGACGAGGAACAUAAUUACUUACAAGGACACGUAAUAAGAGGACAAAACUUGCUUCCAUUCUCUGCUGCAUUGGUUGCUGUGUGGGACACUCUUGCCAUGUUUUUCGGGAUUAAAAAGAAGCACACCUCUAUCCAGUUUAAAUCUAUCCAAUUCUAUGCCCAGCCUGUGUUGCAUGAUGGACGGCAGUUGACCCUCAAUGUCGCUAUUCAACGUGGCAGUGGGAAAUUUGAGGUUUCUGGUAAUAGUAUGUUAAUGGCAUCUGGAUACGCUGAAAUUAUUGAGAAAGAUGAAAGUCACAGAUUAUUAAAAAUACCCGUUGAUAAAUCUACAGAAAAUACCCUUAAAAUGAAUGAUAUUUAUAAAUUGCUUCACAGCCGCGAUUAUCAAUACAGUGGUGAAUUCCGUAGUCUUCUGUCAGUGAACACAUCCAUGACUCAAGCGGAAAUAUCCUGGAAAGACAAUUGGGUUGCUUUUAUCGAUGCAUUGAUACAAUUAAACAAUGUACGCCGUCCUCACAAUACUGUAUCAAUACCUGACUCUAUAAGAAAAUUAACAAUUGAAAUUGAUGAGCACAAGAUGAAUGACAAUAAAAUACUCAGAGCCGAUGUCAUAGAUAUUCAUGAUUGUACACGAUGUGGCGGAGUAGUUAUAGAAAGUUUGACGUUCCGCGACCUACCCAUAAGUAACAGCGAGGCAGUUACCAUGAAAAGCUUGAAGUUUGUUCCGAACUUCAUGCCGGGACAGUCAAAUGAAUUAACCGCUCUAUACGUAUACUUACAAAUAAUUGCGGAAAAUGUGGAUAGCGACAAAAUCGAUGCAAUUGAACUUAUAGAAAAUUACGAUGGAAUUUCGAAAUAUAAAACUCUUGAUAGAGUGGUUCUUGAUAUUCCCGAAAUUAAAAUGAAAUAUAAAAAGAUGCACCACGAUGUUUUUUACAAAAAAGGUUUAGGAAGAGGCAACGCUAUCUUCGUCACCAAUCUAUCCAACAAUGAUAAGCUAACCAAAGCUUUCGACAAAUAUCUACCCCCCAACACCUUAAUAGUGAACAAAGAAUAUAGCGCAGAAAACAAAAUACGACCGGCAACAUUAUACACUGUGCUCUGCAAUCACCACAUCGAAGAUAAAUUAGUGUUACAACUAAUUAGAUGGAAACCAGAUAACACAAUCGCUGGUACAAGCGCUCUAACCGUCCGUUCGGAUUCGAAUUUGUCCCAUUUAAUUUCUACAUUAAAGUUUUUACCUGCACAUCAAAAAUUAUUGAUAUUCUCGCCAUAUCCCUCAAUACCAAAUUUGGAGAACUUUGUAAUGGAGUGGAGGAAGGAAGGUCGCAAAGUGAAUCUGAUUAUGGUUAAUCAUAGUAUAGAUGAACAACAGUUUGUUGAAGAUUUGCCCAAGACUGAUUUGGCCAUCAACGUAUUGGAUCACGGCACAUGGGGCGGUAAAUACUAUGUACCAAUGAAGGCAUCAGUUGAUCACCGUCGGGAGGCAAUGCUACAAAGCGCAAGUGUUGGAGAUUUUAGCUCUCUACAUUGGGUUGCUGCUUCGAACGUGCAAGAACCUGGUGUUAACGUGAAGGUACAUUACGCUGGCGUUAAUGAGCUUGACGUGAAGAGAGCAUCGGGUGUUGUGAAAUUUGCGAAAAACAGUUCGAAAACUUACUUUGGAAUGGACUUCAGUGGUACUACGGCCAGCGGUUGUAAAGUUAUGGGUCUCAUAGCUGGAGGCUCCAUCAGUAGUCGAGUGAGUGCUCAUCCAAAUCUUCUUUGGCCGGUGCCCGAGCAUUGGACCCUAGAAGAUGCAGCUACUGUACCUCUUGCUUACUGUCAAGCAUUUUACUGUUUGGCCAUGAAGAACAGGUUCUUCCCCGGCAAAACGGUGCUCAUACACGGCGGUACCGGAUCGUUGGGUCAAGCAGCUAUUGCCUUGUGUCUUGCAUACAAAUGCGAAAUAUUCUCCACGGUCAGCAAUAGACGAAAGAAGGAAUUCCUACUGAAGCUUUUCCCGACACUCAAAGAGGAAAAUAUUGGCUACUCAAGAGACAGCACAUUCGGUGAUAUGAUUCUUACAAAAACAAAAGAAAAAGGGUGUGACAUUGUCCUAAGCUGUGUGAAGGGUGAACUUAAAAAUAUAAGCAUCAGCAGUUGCGGUAGUUCCGGAAUUGUAAUAGAUACAACCUUAAUACAUAACCACGAAGAUUACAACUUUGGAAUGCACAGCCUUACGAAAGAAAGGUCGUACAAACUUGUCGAUUUCUCAUCAAUAUUUGAAUUUGGAACUAUUGAAGAGUUCAAGCGUCUCCAAGCACUCGUAAGCGAAGGUAUAGCUCUGGGCUACGUUCGUCCCUUAACAAGGAUAGUGUACUCACCAAAGGACGUAUCUAGAGCCUUCCGUCUUAUUGACGACAGUAAACACCGGGGCCGAGUGCUCAUCGAUUUGCAACAGAAUAUACCCAUUGAACGGGCAAGCCUUCAGGUAUCACCGGAAAUGUCUCAUUUAGUUAUAUCAGAUGACGAUAUUCUGGCAACUCAACUGAUCGACCGACUAGUUGACCGAGGAGUCCGAAAAGUACGACUUGUAACAUCGCAGUCGGAUAUCGUGUUAUAUAAACAAAUGUAUUGGAGUAAAACUGGUGUUAAUAUUGAAGUAAUUAAUCAAGAUAUAUGGAACACAAAUAAUAUUCCUGCGUUACUAAAGGAUCUAAAUAUAGAAGGAGUGUAUACUAUUGUAACAAAAGACACGAUAUUUGAUAAAGUUAAUGAAUUUUUGAAAGACUUAGAUUUGAAAACCAGGGAAUUGAACCCAAUAAUAAGAUAUUUCGCUGUUAUAAAUGAAAAUAGCGGUAUCGGUGAGCACGUAUCACUGUUAAGGAAGAAGAACAGACUCGCCACGACACUCGUCAGACUUCCAUGUUUGAAAAUGAGGGACAUAGAAAAUGAUUGCAAAAUGUCAAUGAGAAGUGCAAUAGAUAUAAUUGAAAAUGCUCUAUUAUCGCAAGAAGCUGUAAUAAUGGCGCAUCGCGUUCCUACCAAAGUGCAUUUGUUGGAGGACAUCACUAAGUGGGCAGAUAUAAAGCUGCCACAGAACGUAGACAGCGAUUCUACACUUUUAGAUUUGGGCAUGCACGAAUCAAAGACUAAAGCAGUACAAUUUUGUCUUCGCGACCACUAUAAUCUGUGGUUCCUUGAAGAAGAAAUACCCAAUAUCACCAUAGAAAGGAUACGAGAGACGGAAGAAAAACUACUGGAAUUACAAUAUAAAGACGAGCCGGGUCUUUCUUCUUUCUUCUCUUACGUGGAUUCUGACGAGUUGUUGGCUACAACUGAGAUGACGUUCUUACCAACUCUCACUAGCAGUUCCAGUAUGCGAGAUGACGAGUUUGACCCGGAUCAGGCCUUCCUCUGCAUUGUACCCGGCGUGGAAGGUCAUCAUCUGAGAUUUACGGAACUGUGUGAGAGGCUGAAGCUCCCAGCUCUUGUCUUACAACCUGGUUUGGGAAAAGACGAGUCUUUACAGGAUAUCGCAAAGCGAUUUGCUAAGUGUCUUUUGAGUCGAACAGAACUAAAGAAACAUUUCUACUUGAUGGGAUACGAAACCGGUGUUAUCAUUGCCUUAGAGAUGGCUGCCAUCUUGGAAGAUACUGGUCUUACUGGUGUAGUAUAUUGCCUGGGCGGAACACCAAACGAAAUCGUAGCGCAGUUCGAUUCGAAGCUAACGGAAAUAAAAGAUGACGUCACGUUACAAGAAUCCGUAGGCAAACACAUGGUCAAACUUAUGUCUGGUGAAAACACCAACUCCUUAGACGAAAAAUUAAAUAAAGCAACGACCUGGGAAGAAAGAGUUACGUACUGUGUACGGGAUCUUAUUGGAAGAGUUAGUUAUUCCACUCAAUACACAAAGGAAUUGAUAGAAGCUGCGUACUCGAGGAUCAUGCAAGUGAAGAAAUAUUCCGCUAAACCUCAGAAGUUACGUUCUCUGCUUAUAUUGAUGAGAGCUAACUUUGAUGAAGAGUUAAAGAAUGAUUCCUUGCAACAAUAUUCGCAACAACCUAUAAUUAAGUAUCAACUGAAGGCUCCAUUGUGCUAUGCAGCGCAGGACUUACGCUGUGCUGCUAUUAUUAAUAAGCACCUGGAAGAGGAUCUGAUAGAAGCAUUUGAUAUACGCAAUCUAUGUGAAACCUACUUGCUCAAUGCAGAUACAUUUAUGACAGCUGCCGUUGAGAAUGUUGAUUCUUAAGUCUUUUCAUUUACUUAUUUAUUUGAUGUGGGUGUAUUAUAUUCAUUAAAAUUUAUUUUCAUAUA